AUGGACAAUUUCCUGGCCCUCGCCCUAACCUCCAUUCCCUGUGCAUCCUUUCUCAUCUACAAAUCUUGUUUCGUUCGAUCAACAUCGUCUUCUUCAUACAAGCUCCCACCAGGCCCUCGUCCCUACCCAGUAAUUGGGAACAUCCUUGAGCUCGGCUCUAACCCUCUCUUGUCCAUCACGAACCUCUCCAAAUCUCACGGACCCAUUAUAUCACUCAAGUUAGGCACAAGGAUCGCCAUAAUUAUCUCUUCUCAAGAAAUAGCCGGAGAAGCUUUUCACAAACACGACCUAGACUUCUCUAGUCGAACCUUCCCUGACAGUGCUCGAGCUCUCAAUCAUUACCAAGUCUCCAUAGCUUGGCCUCCUGUUUCAACUCAAUGGAGAGCCCUUAGACGAGCUUGUGUUAUGAAAAUUUUCUCAAAUCUGAAGCUAGACUCCACCUAG